AUAUUAUUAGCUAAUUAAAGAUGUUUUUAAAUUCGUUUUAAACUAAAAUAUUAUAAGUACAUCAACCCGCCCAUAGUAUUUUUGGUAUAGUAAAAAAUUAAUACAUCGACAUCUGUAAAAGCUUGCCGUCCUUGUGAAGUGAAUUUUUCAAAAUGCAAGCAAUUAAAUGUGUUGUUGUUGGUGAUGGUGCCGUGGGUAAAACAUGCUUAUUGAUAAGUUAUACAACAAAUGCAUUCCCUGGGGAAUAUAUUCCAACAGUAUUUGAUAAUUAUUCAGCGAAUGUUAUGGUCGAUGGUAAGCCAAUUAAUCUCGGACUAUGGGAUACAGCUGGACAAGAAGAUUAUGACCGUUUACGACCUCUUUCAUACCCACAAACUGAUGUAUUUCUUAUAUGUUUCUCGUUAGUAAAUCCAGCUUCAUUUGAAAACGUUCGAGCAAAGUGGUAUCCUGAAGUUCGCCAUCAUUGUCCUAGUACACCAAUUAUUCUUGUCGGAACUAAAUUGGAUUUACGUGAGGAUAAAGAUACAAUUGAAAAAUUGAAAGAUAAAAAAUUAUCACCUAUUACUUACCCCCAAGGUUUAGCAAUGGCUAAAGAAAUUAGUGCAGUUAAAUAUUUGGAAUGUUCAGCAUUAACACAAAAAGGAUUAAAAACAGUGUUCGAUGAAGCAAUUCGUGCAGUUUUAUGUCCAGUACAACAUGUGAAGCCGAAGCGACGGUGUCAAAUUCUAUAGGCAUUUGCCCCCCGCAGCUCACGUUCUCGCGACAACAUUAAGAAAUAAGACAAUACGUUUUCCCCGAUAUAAAAUAAGUGUAUGUUAACAUAUUAAAAGAAAAUUAAAAAAACUUAUUGUUCAAAAAAUUUGUG